AUGUGUGAUAGCGACUCAGGACUAUCUAUAAGCAUGAAUGAGAGUCAAAAUGAUUCACCUACUCAAGGUCUUGUUUUCAUUAGAGUCACUAUGCCAGACGAGAACAGUGAAACAUUUAGUUUCAGCCCAACAGAUUUAAUCGUGGAUGUCAAACUCACAGCUAUAAAAAGAUCGAGUUCUUGCUUGAAGGAUGAGUUGAACUAUGGUCUGUUUCUUCCUCCGUCAAAAGGAAAAGCUGGAAAAUUCUUGCAAGAAGACAGAAUGUUACUAGACUAUCCCUUCGAGGGUUCGGUUGGUCACUUAGAGUUGAAAUAUAAACAACGCGUCUAUCGUGUUUUGAGAACAAAUGUGAAUAAGCUCCGUAAAAUAAAUACCAAGGCAAAUUUUCGUCAGUUUAUUGAAUAUGUCAAAGUGGAUGAUGUAGAUAAAGUUAAUAAAUGGUUGAAUAAAGGACUGGACCCAAAUUUCCAAUGGAAACCAAACGGAGAAACUCCACUCACCAUGGCUGUACAAUUGGAAAAACCAUACGAAAUGGUUAUGGCUUUAGUGGCUGGCGGAGCACACUUAGAUUAUCGGGCAUCAGAUAGUAUGACACCGAUCCAUCGUGCUUCAGAGAAAGGCAAUUAUGAAGCUAUCAAGGUACUUCUUGAUCUUGGUCAAUCACCGAAUACACGAGAUAAGGCAGAUUUAACACCAUUAUAUUACGCAGUAUUGAACAACACAAUAUCUUUAUGUGUUGAACGAUUACUAUUUGAUCAUUCUCCUCUUGGAAUAGCAGAUGAAGCAGGACUUCAAGAAAUACAUCAGGCAUGUCGAUUUGGUCGUGUACAACAUUUGGAAAUUUUACUUGCCUACGGUGCUGAAAUUAAUGUACAAACAUCGAAGAACGGCAACACCCCACUUCAUAUAUGUGCAUACACCGGGCAAGAAUCCUGUGCUCGGAUGUUGUUAUUUCGAGGUGCUGAUAAAAAUAUAAAAAAUUUCAAUGGACACACGACUUAUGAACAAGCAAUGAUUUCUAAUCACAUAGAAAUAGCAGAUUUAAUUAAAGGUUUUCAUGAACAAGAUGUUGUUCCAAUUCGUAAUUAUCUAAAACGUAAUCUUCGCCGAAGAUCAUUUUCACGUAUACGAUCACAGCAAAGGUGUUCUAGUAUGGGGCGACUGAAUGACUUCUCAAAGCAAAAUGGAAUAACUGAAGUAGAUGGAUUACCUGAAUUUGAAAAAGAUCAUUGUAAUACACUUAAAGGGAACCACAUGAUAAGAAAUAAUACAUGGAUGAAUACCAGCAUAAGUGGUUAUCAAUUAAAUUCUAUAUCUGAUUCCAUAGAUUUUAAUGAUAAUAAAAAUUACAUGGCAACGUCUGAUGAUCAGAAUAAUCAUUUAAACCAAUCUAGAUCUGCAUAUAAUCUUAACAAACUAUCGAAUGGUAUCAAUCAGAAGUGCCAUGAUCCUAAUGACAUAGUUUAUCCUAACUAUUCAGCUACCAUGAGACCAUCCCAAAGUCGUCGUACAGGACGUUCAUCAACACCAGCAGCACCUCGUACAUCAAGUGAAUCCUUCAAAACAACUAAUUUACAGGACCGACACAGUACAUAUCGUCCAAGUUUAGAUCCAGCGUGGAUAUCUCAAACAAAUGAAAGUGGCUCAGAAACAGCAUCUAUCUUUAGCGUUAGUUCGUCUAUGCGGACUCCAUCCACGAAUAGUGUCAGGAAUGGAUCAGCAAUCUUGCAGUUGUUAUUGGCAAAUCGUGAUAGUAUUGCGGAUUUGGAUACCACCAACUUGCCUAGAAUGAUUGCACUUCAAAGAGGUCCGAAUGGUUUUGGAUUUGUUGUACGUGGUAAAAAAGGAAUAUCUGGAAAUUUUACACCAUGUCUUGAGUGUCCAGCAUCACAAUACCUUGAGAAAGUUGAACCCCAUAGUGCAGCAAGCAAGGCAGGUUUGAAAGCAGGUGAUUUUAUAUUGGAGGUAAAUAAUAUCAACGUUACUACAAUGUCACAUGAAGCUGUUGUCUCACUUAUUAGAGGUUCCAGUGAUAUUUUAGGUCUAAAAGUGAUAACUGUUGACUCGGAUCAAAUUAAUUCAACUCCCAAAUUAUCACAUCAAUCCGCAAAAAGUAACAAAUUUUACGAAUCUUCAGACAACAUUUACAGUUCAAAAGCAAAAAAGUCCAAUUAUGAGGAUAAGUUUUCAAACAAACAUUGUGAAUCUGUAGAAAAUCAUUGGCCUAGGAACACUGAAAAUGCUUACAAAACCAUUUGUAGAGACUCAUUUUAUAGAAAUCAGAAUAAUUUCUCAAUACUAUUAGAAAACUCAACAAAUAAAUCUUCGUCCAAUGAUUUUAUCUGUGGAGAAAAAUUAAAGUCUCUUCGACUAGAUCCUAGUCCAUCGGUAUCCUCAAUGGACGUACCUUCAUACAGAACACCAGCCCCCGCACCACCGUCUAGUAAACCAGUUCUAACAACUGGAACUUUAUCUAAAAGUGUAUUCCAAAAUGGACCAUAUAAAAAAGCAGAAUGUAAUCUGACUAUUAGCUUAAAGUCCAGGCCAACACUCUCAGAAAAAACUUUCGAUUCUGUAAAUAAACCUGAAAAUUCUUUAUCCUUUGAUCAUCCACCUCCUCCAACUCCACCUCCUAUAUCUUCUAGCAGCAUAAAUUUAAUACCAUCUCCACCGCCACUUAUGACAACUCCAAAUAAAACGUCUUCCAGUAUAAACUCUGAAUUGCCAACAGGUAUUCUGAAAAAGACACCACAUGAUAAGUUUUCAGAAAGUAUUAAACCGUCUAAAAAUUUAGAAGAUGCUCGGAACCAGGAUAUUUGGUCAGAUCAGCUCUUACUCCCUCCACCCCCGCCUCCAGAGGAAUUUGAAUUAAAUGUUACUGAACCGGCGACUCAGCACUCUAAUUGCCAACAGAAUUCUAAUGGCUAUGACAUUAAUAAUCAUACUGCUUACAAAAGCUUUUCAUUAUCACAAACUGUUAAGAAAACAUCUUUUGAAGAUAACCUUAGAAGGGCAGUAGCUGAACGCCGUCGUCUGAUUGAAAUGGCUUCUGGAGAGGAUGACCAUGAUUCUGAAUCAAUACUUAAUAAAAGUUGUCAUAAUACAACGUAUACAGAGAAUAAUACCAGAACUUUAAAACAACAAGCAGAAAUUGUUUCAUCAAAUGAAAAGUCAUUUAAAACAGCUGCAGAAAAACUACAUUUUCAGACAUUAUCUAGUAUUUUACCAACGAACAAUACUAUUCCUCCACCGGAAAAUUUUAAAGAUUUCGAUAACUCCAUGAACAAAGUUCAUUGUAAUACGGAACUAAAUAAUGACAAAGUUCCAAUAGCAACUAAACCAAAGCUUCCAUUAAUACAACCAUCUUAUACUAAAAACGUAAACACAAUUCAAGGUUCAAGAACUAUUGAACAAAGUAAACUUAAUUCGGUAAACUCAUUGACCAAUAUCAGCUGUAACGGUGCUCAUAAAACUGAUUUGUUGCGAGAGAUCUCGACAUUUAAACAGAACACUGUUACGGAAACGAAAACGAGUUCUGGAAAAUCUAUUGGUCAUCCUAGAUCCACAACACCCUCAUCGCUUCAAUCAUCAUCUUAUUUUAUUUCUGAGGUUCCUAAAAUAAUGUGGUCUACUAAAUAAAAUCAUUUCAAGAAAGUACAGUAAUCUAUCUGUUGAUUAAAUUUCUUUCCUGUUACUAUGUUAAUGAAACAGAUUGUUAAUACAUGCUCAGAUUCUUAUUAUCGUACAAAACUAAGUACUUUUCAGAAAGUCUAUUGUUUUUUUUUGACAAAUGAUAAAUUGGUCAAGUUGUAAAAAGAACAAAAACAGAAACCAAAUUUAGGCUUGUCAUAACAUAGAAAAUUGUUAACAAUAUCCAAUUAUUUAGUUUUCAUAGAGUGAAAAUGCCUAGUAUUCAUUUGUUCAUCCAAAUAGGCAUGUUCAUUGGGUUAACUAUUUUAGCGUUCAUUUCUUAUUUAACAAUUAUUCAUAUCUAUGAAAUGUUUUACUAAACAAUAAAUACCACAUACCACAUUAUUGAGAAGUGUGAAAUAAUCUCGACAAUUCUUCAUUCAUGUAGUUACUUAUCUUAAUUAAAACCACACAUUAAGCUGUACUGAUCUCUUGAAGUAAUGAUUAAUAUCAAAAAUAACGGAUUUUCAUUCGUUAAUGAUAAAUAAUAAUGUAUUUUUUUUCAAAUUCAAAUAAUUGUUUAUUAAAAGAAUAUAAUUUUUAAUUAAAAUGAAAUGAACAAUUAUAUAUAUAUAUAUGACUGGUUAUCCUCUGAGUGAUUAAUAGUUUCGUGGCUGCUUGAAUUUUAGAUGACCUUCUUAUAACCUCGGUCUUUACAAUCAUAACCACUUAGUGUUAUUCAUAUGGUCUAGUAGUUUACUCAUAGGUUGACAUGUCCAUUGACAAUGAAUUGAUGUAUAUGAAAGAGUCUAUGUAUGAUUAGAAGUUUUUGGUGUAAUAAGAUGGAAAAUAUUCGUAAGAUUUUAAAGUUAACAAUUCAAUACAAUUGUUUUUUACAUGCAAAAUAUCGUAAAAUGUUGUCCAAAACUAUAUAAUUAACAUAAUUCUACUGGCUGCUCCAAUAUAUGUGCUACUUUUUGUUAUCCAAUUACGGUAAAAAAUAAGAUAAAAACACAAGCUGUCAGAAAUACACACCUGACUGGUAUAAUCGAUAGCAUUCAAAUAAUGGAAUGGCAUUCAGUUUACACUCAGUCCAAUACACCUAGGCCUAUAUAUGGUGAGACUUUAGUGGCCCUGGAUCUGACUCCACUAAAAGUGGACAAAUGAUUGUUAUUGAAUGAUUGCUGUCGAAAUAUGCAUCCUGAAUAUUCUCGUAUAUUAUUUUCGACUUAAAUCGCGUUAGUGAGUAACGGGAUUAUAUAAGCCAAAUACGAGAAUGGAUUUUGAAUAUAUAUAUUUCAUGCAUUCAUUGAUUUGAACAGGCAAUCAGAGAGAAGAAACAAAGAAUGAAGAACGAAGCAGAUUGAAAAAGCGAAGAGAAGAGAGCGAAGUGAAAUGACGUUGAAUGGAGAAGGCGUGUGAGCCAACUCGAUUUAUUCAAGUAUUAGUCGAUAUUUAUAGUUACACAAAAAUAAACUACAGAAAUGUGAUGAGUAGGAUAAGAUGUACACACACAUAUACUCAUAUAAAAACAGUCAGGGUUGAUUAGUGAACGAUUAUCAAGGUCAAAACGUGACUCAAGAAGAAUGGAUAAAUUAACCUGUCCAGAAGCCAGAAUAAGUUAUGUGGGGUUAACAUAGUAACCGAUACUAUAAGAUUAUAAUUUAUGUACGAGCCAAUCAGUAGCGUUUGAGGGAUUUCAAGGUCACAGUGCCUAUUUCUGUACCCGAUGCUCACAUACGAUCGGUCCACAGCGGAUAUUAGAGAAGACGUGAUAAUUGAGCGGCUACAACAAAUUGAACAACUAAGAAGUUCCAUUAUUUGUAAUUGUGCCAAUGAAAUGACUUGUAGACCUUGUGCAGACUAC